AUUUGUGCCAUUCCCCCCCCCCCGCAGGGUUUGGGCAUAUUCUGUUUCCUUUCAUAGAAAUUAAGGACUCCCAGAGACUGACGGGCGCAGGCGGUUGUUACUCGCCCGGCCCAGAGAAGGAGCAAAGUCAACAGUGUCACCGUGCCGUCGGGGGACGCGGCCAGCUGCGAUAACGGCAGGUUUUGUCGGGGACGAGCCCCCCGGGGUGUUCGUGGGAGCGCUCUUGCACGCGCCGCGGUUGCCAAGAGCGCGCCGCAGCGCCGCGACGCCGUUAUUUCGCAUUUGGAGUUCAUCGGGCAGAGACACCUUAAAUGUUGAUCCGACCGGAGCGAUGUUUCCCAUCUUUUAUUGCUUUUGGUGAAGAGCACGGUGUCAAUGCAGCUGUAGAUUUUAGUGCUGAAAAUACCGUCUGUUUCUGCCUUUAAGAGAUUUGGCGGUUGCCCCGUUGGUGUUGGGAGGUCGAGGUGUUUCGAGAAAAUGAGCUUUAGGCUCUGGUUUACUCCUCGUGGAGUUUACUGGUGAUACUUUCACCUCGGUGGGGAAGCCACAAAAUAUGUAAUCCUAUCAUGGUUGAAUGUAAUCCGUCAGAUGAUCUGCUGCUGUCGUUAAUAGCUGUAACGGAUACAAGUGCUGAAAAAUGAGUAGGAGCGAUUCAGUAUCUGUCGAACUCCGUUUGUAUCUUUAUCCUUUCUGGGGGUUUUCUUCUGGGCAGAGACGCUGUAACACAUCAUCGAGCUCAUGAAACCCUUGUGUAGCAGUUAUUGUAAAGGGGUUUUGUUUGUGGCCAUUGGUAAAGAUGCUGGAUCUGCAGGUACAGGAGAUGUGCUUCAGGUUUGAAGCCAGUAAGUCGAGUGUGCUUGCAGGUGUGUACUACGGGGGUUUGAAGGACUGAAUGACAAGAAUCUUUGUCCUUGGAGGAAAAGAGGGAGAAGUAAAAGCUCCACAAAGUGUUGUUAAAAAUAUUCCAUUUGCAAAGACUUGUUUGCAUUGUGGAGGGUGAGGUAGUCAAUCAUUUUUGUAGGGGCAUAGCAACAUUAAUAAAAUAUUUUGUGAAACUAAUUUGCAACAGUUCCUUCUAGCAGAACCAAGCUUGAAUGUGUGGAGAGAGGAACUCGUUUUAUAGAAUCAAUAUGUUAAAUGAAGACAGGUUAUCUUGGUGUGACAGCUGCUUUGUUUGAAGGGUUUUUAUGUUUUGUUUUUAUUAUAAAAAUGACCCGUGGAAGCUGACUUUUGCUGGCUUCACUUGUGGGAUUUCUACUCUGCUGUCUGUCAGGCAUGUUGUGGAAAGCGAUGCUGGAGCAGAUGAACGUCCUUUUGCUUCACCCAACGUUUGGAACAGAUGAGGCAGCACAAUGCUUUUAUAACGUCUAUCUCAGUCCAUUAAUCUCUGACUUGGUGCAAGGACUUUUGUCCUGCAUAGAGUAGUUUCUGGGGUUUAGAUCCACAGCUUGUUUUCAUAGUAUGUUAGAUGAGAUUUAACAUUAAGGGUUAUACUUCUUUGUACACACAGACUUCUAGUUUGCCUGAGUUCUCAAAUACUUUGGUCACAGCAAAUGUCGUAUCCAGGGUUUUGAUUGGAAAAGGUAGUUUCACAGUUGGUAGGUCAGAAGGGACCUGAACAGAUCAUCAAGUCCGACCCCCUGCCAUAGCAGGAAAGGAUGCUGGGGUCAAACGACCCCGGCUAGAUGUCUAUCUAGCCUCCUUUUGAAGACCCACACGGUAGGAGCCAGCACCACUUCGCUUGGGAGUUGGUUCCAGAUCCUAGCCGCCCUGACUGUGAAGAAGCACCUCCUGAUAUCUAAUCUGAAUCUACCCUCUGCCAUCUUGUGACUGUGAUUUCUAGUCACUCCUGGUAGUGCUCAAGGGAACAGGGACUGCCCCAGCACCUGCUGGUCCUCUCUCACUAGUUUGUAAAUGGCCACUAGACCCACCCCCUCAGCCUUCUCUUGUGGAGGCUGAACAGGUUUGGGUCUUGUAGCCUCUCCUCAUAGGGCCUGCCCUGCUGCCCCCUAGCCAUGUGAGUGGCCCUCCUCUGAACCUCUCCAUGCUGUCCACAUCCCUCCUGAAGUGCAGCGCCCAGAACUGGACACAGUACUCCACCUGCGGCCUGACCAGUGUCGCACAGAUGGUGAGGAUCACUUCCUUGGACCUGCUCAUGAUGCAUCUGUGGAUGCAGGACAAGGAUGGAAAAAUGAAUGCAACAAUAAGAAAGGGUUUGAAAACUACACAGAAAUUCUACUGCUGUCCUAUUGAAGGCUGCCCUAGAGGACCAAUCAGGCCAUUUUCCCGGUUUUCACUUGUAAAACAGCACUUUAUGAAAAUGCAUGCUGAAAAGAAGCACAAAUGUGAUAAAUGUAGCAACUGCUAUGGCACAGAAUGGAACUUGAAACGACACGCAGAGGACUGUGGAAAGACUUUCCAGUGUACUUGUGGGUGCCCUUAUGCCAGCAGAACAGCAUUAUUGUCUCAUAUUUACAGAACCGGCCAUGAGAUCCCUGCAGAGCACAGGGAUCCGCCUAGUAAGAAAAGAAAAAUGGAAACUACAACGCAAAAUCAGAACUUGGCAGAGAAAGCAAAGGAAGCAUUUAUCAGUGCUCACGCCAAUCAUAACGGCACUCCGGAACUGGAGACGUCCGAGGUGAAACUCGUGGCGUCCUUUGAAGGCUCCUGUAGUUCUAAUAUAAAUAAGCAGACGCUAUCCCAGCCAAAAUGUACGCCGAAGAUGCUUUUGCCAAAGCCCAAAGUGGCUUUGGUUAAACUUCCAGCAAUGCAGCUGGCUCACUUGCCUAUCUUUGUGUCAGCAGCAGAUUCCUCUGUCAAACCUGUUGUGGUGGCUGUGGAUAAUCAAGGCUCGGUUAUGAGCACUUUUCACUUGUUACCUCAGUCCAUAGGAAUUCUGAUUCCAGCACCAGAGGCAGAAACAGUUGUGUUUAAAGAUGCCGUGCCCGUUCCGAAGGUGGCAAAUUCCGGUGAUGUUGAACCAGUUAGCACUGGUGUCCAAGUCAACUUGGGUAAAGUAACACCAAAUAAUCCAGGACAAGAGCUGGGAAAUGUCUGUCAAAAGAAUAAAAUCUCUUCAAUAAAUGUGCAGACGGACUUAUCUUACAUUUCACAGAACUUUGUGCCAGCUGCAGCCUGGGCUUCUGAUUCUUCUGUCUCAUCUUGCUCUCAGACAGACCUGUCGUUCAGUUCUGAGGUCUCAUUACCGAUUAGCGUUCAGACUCAGACACUGCUACCCACCUCCAAACUGACUUCAUCCAUAGCUGCUCAAACAGAUGCCUUAGAGCAGGCUUGUUUCCAGUCCUGUGGUGUUUCUAGAGAGACUCAAACCAGUGGAGCACAGGACUCUAUUGAUGGGAGAGUGCAUAUAGACCAGGCUGUAAUGUGCAGUGACAUUUUUGACAAUGUACAUUCAUCGUAUGAUGUUUCCACACAGAUUGGAUUCUCAGAAAACAAUCUAAUGCCUACAACGAUGCAUCAAAACUUGUCGCAAAGAAGCAGCUGCAAGAGCCUGAGUCAGGAUGCAAUAAAAUCUGAACCCAUUAUCAACUUCAAUACGCAGACUAACAUGCUUCCACAGCAAAAUACGAUGGAUAAUCAAACCCAGACGAUGGACUUAUUAAAUGACCUGGAAAACAUCUUCUCGGGUAGCAUGUCUGGCCAAACGUUGGAUAAUCGUGGUCUCUUGUCUGACUCUAGUUCUAGUGCUGACACGCCCCUGCCACCAGCCCCAACACAGACCACAGGGAUAGACUUCGACAUUGAAGAGUUCUUUUCGGCAUCCAAUAUCCAAACUCAGACUGAGGAGAGUGAACUUGGGAAUCUGAAUUCUGAGCCAGUCUUGGAAUCUCUCGAUAUUGAAACCCAGACUGAUUUCUUAUUUUCAGAUAGUGCCACUCAAUCCUACAGCUGCCGAGGAAAUUCUAACUUCUUAGGCUUGGAGAUGUUUGAUACACAGACACAAACGGACUUAAAUUUUUUUUUAGACAAUAGCACACAUCUGCCUUUGGGAAGUUUACUAAAACAGUCCAGCUUUUCCAUGAGCACUGACUCCUCUGAUACAGAAACCCAGACAGAAGUACCCGCUGCUGCUAAAGAUAUACCUGGUCAAAAUCUAGAAUCCAAAGUCCAGCUGAAUAGUGCUGAAACACAGACUAUGGAUAGCUCCUUUGAGACUCUUGGGAACUUAUUCCUUACCAGCAAUGAGACACAGACAGCUAUGGAUGACUUUCUUCUGGCUGACUUGGCGUGGAAUACAAUGGAGUCACAGUUCAGUUCUGUAGAAACACAGACUUGUGCAGAACUGUGUUCCUUUUUUCAAACGUCUGACAAACCAAGCCAUUGAGUGCUACUUACUAAAAUUACUUUCCUUGUGGUUUGAAAUUUAAGUUAUUGGGGGUGAGGGGUUUUGGGGAGAGACAGGACUGACCAAGUUACCCACAUCGAACUGCUGAAUGUAGUUGACCGUAUGCAGUUGGCCUAAAAGCCUUUUCAUCCUCUUGCAAGGUACUUUAACUGUGUAUAUGUAAUUUCAAUAUAAACUGUGUGUGCAUAAAUGUGUAUAUGUUUGUAACUUGUAAUGUAAGUUUGGACCUUUAAAAUGAACUUGGUCAUGGUGCCUUCCUUGCUCUAACUCUGUUACAAAGCUCUGUCACCAUUUCCAUUUUAAACCUGAACUUAGGCUUUACUUCUGUCUAUACCAGCUUUAUUUCUGACUUAAAUGUAGGUUUCCAAAGUCUUGGACCAAAAGCUGACCUGUCUGAUUUUUGACACUGCCCCCUCUGCCCCCCACCCUGACCUCUUUUUGGAAAUGUUUUUUGGCAUAAUCUUCAGUUUUGUUUUUAAAAAGACUUGUUUGGCAAGGUUUACCGAUCCUCACUAACAGAUCCCUGACAUAUCUCUCUCUCUAACUCUUAAAAUUUGCUCCUUUUUGGUAUAAGCUUAUAUUGUCCAGGCACUUGUUCAGCAAAUUUGUUGCCUGUACGCUUUUGGAUAUAUAAUUAUACAAAGUGCAACAAAUGUGGGUAAGGAAUGCUUGGGGUUUUUUGCCUCUAAAUUGGCAUUAACUAGCAUUUUGUAUGCGUGUGGUGGGGAGAGGAAGAUGUACUUAAAAAGUUGCCACAUGAUGAUGUUGCUGUGUACUACUGUAACAAUAUGUAUUUUGGGUAUUCCAAAGGAAGGCAUUUGUUUGAACUAGUAAUAUGUCUUGUAAGAAACACAAAGCAAGGAAAUGCCUAACAUUCAAAUGUCUGGGUGAAAGAUGAGAACACUAGGAUACACUGAAAUUUAUUUACCGGUUUCUCCACAUUUUGCUUAUUUGCAGAAAGAUACAGUGGUUAUACUAUGACCUAACCUUACCAAAGAUGUUAGGAACUGUUAAUCUUGAGACUAUUAAAACCUCUAAAGAUACUUUUUGGACUAGAUUCCUACCCUUGGGUCCUGUACUUCCAGAGCAAGACCAGCUGUAGCUCCUAAAGCUAAGAGUUUUUUGGGUCUGUUGGCUUCCCCAUCUGGCAACAGAUCUCUUUUGCCUAUACUGGACACAACAGCUCCGUAUCCCCUAACUUCCACUGGAAAAUUCAGUUGAUAAUUAAAUCAUGUUCUCAGGAAUAUUUUGUACAUCCUUUUCCCCUAACUUUCAGCUCUGAUUUUCUUUUGUUGUUUCCUGGAUGUGAUAAAUGUAUUUGGUAGCAUCCAGUUCUGUCCUGGAGAUCAGUCUGAAAAGCUAAUUCCAGCUAUGUUUGGCCUUAAAACCCUUCUUUGGUCCAUCACCACCUAUCGCCAGUUUGUCAUUUAUGCUGUUGACCUUCAGAGGUGAACUGUCAUUCUCCUGUCUCUUUUGGUAGGACCUCCUAGAGCUGCUGGUCUGUGGCUUGAGUUCAGUGUAGCUGUAGGAUAUAGAUGCAAGUGAUCUCGCUAAUAGGGAAUCGGUUUGCCUCGGUACGCUGGCAGAGUCUGUUGCCGUGGUGGUGGUAGAGCUUUGCCCAGUGGAGUUUGUAAAGCAGGGCCUGGAUGACAUUGGCAUGAAAGUGCAAGUGAUUUCUAAUCCCAGCUGUCAGAAUUUGAUGCACUGUUGGAGUUUGAUAAUGGUACAAGUCUUACAAGAUACCUUCAGGCAUUGCUGCAGUAUUCUUCACCAGUGCAUCCGAGUCAUGGGCUCUGUUUGCUACUCGGUCCCAGGCCUGAAUCCCAAUUCGUGCUUGGUCAGCUCGAAGUGGAAGGUUUAAUGCAUUUGACCAGCACGUCUAAUAUGUUUGAGGGGAUUUUGAGCACUGCUAUGUUUACACUAAAGAUCAGUUCCCAACAACCUGGGUGCCAGGUACGGGGUUGAUUGAAACACAUCUGUAUUUCCCAGCUCUUCCUAGUGCGCAAGAUGGGUGUUCAUCCUGUAGUAUCAACAGCAGUGCUGAGGAUGGCCGCCUUUGUGAUUGAGUGCCUUUUAUUGGCUAUUUUGUCCUGAGGCAUCUUUAUCCCCAACUGACUAUAUUGGCAUCUCCAAAGAAGCAGUUAGGUUUGUGCAGAUUCUUGCAAAGUACUUACAGUUGGCAAAUUGUGUUAUUUUCUAGAGGUGGAAUGUACCUACCUUAGAAGUUGGGGUAUUGUGAGAGAGUGCUGAUUCCCGGCAACUCUUUGCUUUAAAAGUUCAGGCUGUUUUGUUGGCUGAGAAUCCAAGAGUAGGAAUCAGUCAGACACAUUCAAAAAGCAUAUUUGCAGUAGGCUUUCCAGUGCUAGUCACCUAACCAGAAUAGCUUUCACCUUUGGUUUAGAUCUCAGAAUGAAUCUCUGUAAAAAUCUUCACGAAGGAGUGAAUUGUACACCAUUACAAAUGACUGUGGCCUUUGGGAAACAACCAACACCCUUUUUCAGCAGAAAUGAGUUUACUGUGCCUGUUACUGUGAACAGCUAGCUGAUGCAUUUCUCUAAAAUAUGUAGUUACCGAACACAAUAUUUCGGUAGAAGCUCUGAGUUCAGCAAACAAACAAAAAAUACCUUUUUCUAAUUUCCCCCGGCUUAAAAUCUGAUAUGUUGGUAUCAAGUGAUAUGAAUUAAGUGCAAUUUUACAAUAUUUAAUAAAUGUGCUCUGUGUUUAAAGAAGAGUGCUUGCUUUAGUUCCAAAGUUACCUACAUCCUUCAAAUCUGGUGCAGGCUUGCAUCAGAAAUAAUUAUGAAAAUGAGGUUGGGGAAACACUAAAGCAAUGGAUCCCACGUCGUGUGUCUUUCAUUUGGUGUUCAGUCAUAGAUAUUUGUAUUGCAGUAACAUGUGCAGACAAUAACUAGAUUGGUUAUUGUACUAUGCACUGAAUAAGCGCAUCAAAACUUGGUUUGUAAUGUUGAGUUAUAAAAAAACCCAAAAAACUUAACAUUACUCUUCCAGUAGUUUGACUGGUGACUGCAACUGUCCUUUGGUCCAGUUUGUUGCUGGCUUUUAAAGCAACCCCAACAUAUUGUAGGCGUCAAGUUGCAGGUUGGUGGCAUCUCUUUGCCACGGCUCUAUCACACAAUUUAGAUGGCAGUAAUGGACCAACUAGCAAAUAGAGGAGUGGCUUUUGUUUGUUUUCUUUAUUUUCAAAAAUGAAUGAUUCCCUGUAGUGUCUUGGUACUGACUUUUGAUUUUUUUCUCCAAGUGGUCUUUGGCAUUAAUGCAUGGACCUUUAUGAUCCCAUUUUUGUUACCUUGCAAGCAUUAGCUUUUAUUCCUCCUCUUCCUGGACACUGACUUGAUAACACUAAUCUUGUACUCCAGGACCAGUUUCCAUGUGGGAAAAAUGUUAAUGUAGGAUUAGGAUUCACCCUGCCUCUUGGUGACAGUCAUAGCCUGAUCCUUUGGAAAACAGUGGGAAAACCUGUAAUGCACCCAGAGCCUGAUCAAAAUCAUUGAAGUUUACAGGAGUCUUCUCUUGACUUCAGUGGAUCAAACCUUAAUCAAUUCCAAGUAUCUUAGAUAUGGAAGUGUCCAAAUCUGUAAUGGCCACAGGCUGUAAAAUUGGAAAUUUUUCCACCCACUUAGCCAGUGAAGUGCCACACUGAUUAAUGUUCAUCUACACUAGCUGUUGGCAUGGAAAUAUAAUGCAGGCAAUUGCAUACAUUAAUUUAAAACCCUGGGCUCUGCUUCCAAGGGAGAAUACUGGCACGUAUGAAAGUUAAACAAAUUCCACGUCCAUCUAGAACAUUUUGAACAAUAACUGCACCUAAGCAAGUUUGGAGGACAGCCUCAUACUUUAUAGUUCAUAAAAAAUAUUAAGCACAAAGAGAUGAAGAACUUGACAUCCAGGUGUCUUGCGUUUGUUAGUGUCGAUGUUUCAUACCAAGCACUGAUCACAGUAUAAACAGACUCAUACCCAUUGAGAGAUGCAAGCGUCCACAUCCAAUUUCACUUCCGCUCUUGUAAAUACUUGAGUUGUUAGUAUAUAAAAAGCACUGUUUUCAGUGCAAGAAAGUGCACCCCUCGCCCAGCCCAGUAGAAAUUGGGUGUCUUGAAUAAAAGACUGUUAUGUGUGCAUUAGUGUACACUAAAGUAAAGCAGUUAGUGGCUAAGAAGAAAACAUGGGCAUUUUCUUCCCUGGUGUUUGAAUCCUCAAGCAAAAAGACUUCUACAAAGCUUGAUCUGAAGCAUGCAAACUUGGUCUGUAAAACUGGUUGUGGAGAACCUGUUCAAGCUAUGAAUAACUCAGGACCCACACCUAUGAUUUCCCAACACUAUUUUUUUUGUCAUACUUCCCUGAAAAGCUUACUCCCAGGUAUACCUUUGCCAUGUCUCUUUAAAAGCAAAAGGCUAAAUUCUGUCCUGUUAAUACGCAUGUCAAAAAAACAAAGACAACAGAGGAGACUUCUAAAGAAAUAAAGUUGAUAGCUCUUUGCUAUUUUAGACCUAGUUCCUGGCACUUACGCCUGUGUCUAAGAUAAGGAAUGUGAAUAAUAUUCAUAUUUUCAACUUCAAACAAUACGGAACCAUUGGCAGGAUGGAGGCCCACUUGGUGCUUUAUAGGAUUAAAAAUGUAAUGUACCUACUACCUGGAUAAGCUGUUGUGAUUACUACAGUUACACACUCGUUUAGUUUAUGUUGUUCUCAACAUAAAAGCAAAUAUCUGAUUUUAAAAUUGAUCACUAGUCUGUAACCGUGUUUUAAAUUGCCUGUUACGGUGGGGAAAGUCAUUCUCUACUCUUUGCUUUUAAUCUGUUUUGGGCUGCUCUGUUUGACAACACCAUCUUCACUUAUCAGCUUUUGUUGUUCCAAAUUACACCAAAAAUUUCACUUAUGAUAGUGAGCCUUGUUGUUUUUACAUUUUGUAAUUUUUGUUUUAAAAUGCGGCCGUGCUUGUGUUUCUGAGGCAUAACAAAGUUACUGCAAAUCGGCUUCCAUUGAUAACUCUUUAAACACUAUGCGGUAAUGAUUUUUUUUAUUUUAUAUUUGCUUGUCUGGCAUUUUUUUGUCAGUGCAUGGUGCAGUUACAUGAGUUUUGUAAAUUGCUGUCAAACUUCUGAAGACUUUUAUUUUAUAUCAGUUGAUGUGAAUUAGUCUAGAUGCUUGAGUGACAAAAGUCAAUGGAAGGAUUUGCCAGCCUACAGCUAGACUGAGUACUCUUAUUUAAAUGUCAUUGCUGUGCAAUGAAUAGAAUCAUAAGGCCAGAUCGUUCAACUGGGCAUUGUCUUGCAAUCAAGUUAAUACCGUGGUGGUGUCUGCGUGCAUGACUACUGCUUCAUGAAAAAUUUGAAUUGGACUGUCUGAAAUGCUAGCAAUCCCUAAAUGAGUUUCUUCUGCUUUAAGAGAUCAGAAACUUUUUAGCUCCUUCUGAUUCACAAUCUUCUAAAGUUGCCUUUUAUACUGGCUUCUAAGCAGUGUCUUCUGCCUAACUACUGACAGAAAACACUAACAACACAUGGGAGUCAUCUAGUGUUUCUGCAGUGGCCUUCGUUUCAGAGUGGGUGACAGUGCAUGCAUGAUGCUUCAAGUACUCGCAGAGCUGACUACUCAACGCAUGUAGUUGCAAGUGCACAUAUGGGAAACAGGCUCAGCCUGCUGGAAAAUAUGGCGCAUAUUCUAGUUAUGGAGCAUUUUCCCAAUAAUGUUCCAGUUAAGUAUUUGAAAUGAGUAAGUACUAAAUCCCAAAAGUGCAUCUUUCCUACAGCAUGUUGAAACACACUUCAAAUACAGUUGGCAAAUGUCAUUGGAAAUGUCUUAUUCCAUUACAGUAGGACUCUUCAACUUCUAAUGGACAGACUGUUUUCAAGGGGUUUUCUGUCUGUCGUUUUUUUUAUUUUAGCCAGUAGACUUGCAAUGAAAGUCAGAAAUAAGCUUUUUUUGUUUGUUUGUUUUAUAUACAACUUACAAGUGACAAUCCAAAGAAGGAGUGUUGUCUUAGUAAUAGUUGUGAAAUGUUUCGUAUGCUAAUGCAUGCAAAGAGAACCCUGUGCCAAAAGAUUUUUUUCAUGUCUCUCAUUACUCUCUGAAGGAAGCUGGAGUGUUACAUAAAGCUACAACUUAUUCACAACAGUGUUGAAACAUUUUUGUUCAAUGAAGUCCUUAUUUACUUCUGUAAAUUAUGCAUAUUUUGGAAUAAACUGUAUUUCAAUCUG